ACGUCAACAUGAAUAACGUCGUCAUUGCAAUUUCAAUAAAAACGAAAUGCAAUCUUUAAACCAAUAUAAAGUGGAAUUAUCACCAACAACUACGUAUUACAUUCCUAAUUUUAUAACUCACGAUGAAGAGCAAGAAAUCCUUAAAAAAGUAUACGAAGUACCAAAACCGAAAUGGACGUAUUUAAAAAAUCGCCGGUUACAAGAUUACGGUGGAAUUCCUCACCGAAAUGGUAUGAUAGUGGAUAAAAUUCCAUCCUGGUUAGAUGUAUAUUUAGAUCGAGUCUCAAAGUUAAACGUUUUUAAUGGGCAACGAGCUAAUCAUGUACUUAUCAACGAAUACUUACCUGGUCAGGGGAUUAUGCCCCAUUUAGAUGGAUCUCUUUUUUACCCAACGAUAACUACGAUAACUUGUGGAUCCCAUGGUAUUUUGGAGUUUUUAGAUGAUUAUUAUGGCUCAAGAAUUCCAAUUUGUUCGUUAUUGUUAGAACGUUACAGUUUGGUGAUAUUACAAGGUGAAAUGUACGGGAAAUAUUUACAUUGUAUCAAUGAAGUUGAAGAGGAUGUUAUUACCGAGGAAGUUGUGAAUUUAAAAAAAUGUGGCGAGAUUUUUAGUGUCGGACAAAAAUUAAAACGCGAAACUAGAGUUUCUUUGACUAUUCGUAAUGUUCCUAAAGUUGCUAAAUUAGAUUUAAUGAAUAUUAUUAUGAAUAAAACUAAGUAAUUUAUUUUUAUAUUCAACUUAAAAAAUAAAACACU